AUGUGUAAUCACAAGGAGAUCGAUGUUCCACCAACCGUCCCUGCGACAGGCACCUUCAGAGUGCAAGCAUUAGCACCAGACACUGCCGCCAAGGCUUCUGAGAUUCUUCAAGAUAACCAUGACAACUAUCAUAUUUACAUCCAUGAUCUGGGACUGCACAACUUCCAAGAUCCGGCAAAAUUCAAAGAGUGCCUGGGACAAGGCAUAUACUAUGACGACUAUUUCGCAUAUUUCCAGAAUGAAAUUGGCAAACAUGGCGUACCGAACACUGUCAACAAGUUCCACUCCGGGGGUGAUGAAAUGGCAGAGGACAUGCUGCGUCGAUUCUUCAGUGGAUUUCUCCUCUCGCCGAUCCAUUUUGGAUAUGCCAUUGAGUUGGACCAGCCGCUUAUCGUGGCCGAAGCAUUGGCCCUAACAGCUGUUCAUGAUUCCCACUUUGGUGAAGUCUUGACGGAAAUUGAGGCUGCUGCCAAAACAUCGGAUGGAGCCGAGAGCCUUAUCAAUCUGCAGCAGGAAAUAUACAGUAAUCAGAAACUUCGAGAGACAAUGAAGUUCGACCAUGGCGUAUUCCAGGUCAGGUAUGGACAGGUAGCACACGCGAAGGACGAUUUUAUGCAAGUGAUGGUUCGCUGGAAAGUGAAGCCUGAAGACUUGCAGGAGAAGACUGCUAAAUGCCUCAAUUAUACCGUUUACUGGACAUCGCUCGCAGAGCGGGCCGAAAAGCAGAUUCGAUUCGACUUUUUCCUGAUGCAUUCAGUCACAUCUGGCUCUCUCUGGCCCGUGAUCAAUAGUGCCCCAUGGAUUUCUACAAAGACGAAAUGCCGACUGAUGGAAUGGAAAGGUCGAGCGGAUCUGAUUUUAUAUAAUCAAACUGGACCGCCUUGCCCAAAGUCUGAAGAGCUAGUCGCCUACCAGCCACAAAUCCCAUCCGGAAGGGAUGAGGUGUUCCAGCGAGCCUGCGAGUAUGAAGAUGACGGUCAUUUAGCUAAACUGAUCAGAGGGAUCGCCACAACUGCGCAAGUGAGCAAAGAAUAUCCCCAAAAAGCAAGCUUCAUGCUCAAAAGUGACGAAGAGUUUCUCAAAAUUGCCCAUAUGAGUGAGCUAUCCCUAGUUUCCAUGCACCGGUCCCUUCUGCUAACCCUCUAUCCUCCAGUCAUCGACUCCGCCGAACAAUUCAACCAAGACUCAGCAGAUCGAGAGAGGGAGAUAAUUUGCAAGAAAUACAGUCAUGCGGGCGAGAUGUCAAUCGAAAUUCAACGGGUGAGCGCGCGUUGGUCUCGACAUGUGGGGUUUGAGCAGUCUUGGUUCCAUGUUCCCUCCAGGAAGUCGAACGGAUCGUCGCAUCUUUGA